UUAAUGAAAAUCAAUGAUCGAGCACUAUUAAAAUGCAAAAUCUAACACCCACGCAAAACACGCGCAAAUAAAUCGCACACCGGUCAUCGUCGUGUCGCGCCGUGCCGGUGCAAAUUCAACACCGUUGAUGGAGAAUCUACCUUCUCCUCUGGUAAUAGAAAUUCUGAGUCGCCUAAAAGACUCCACUGAUCUAGCACGAUGCAGAGUCGUAUCAAACACGUUAAACGAAGCCUCAUACGAAGUACGUUCGUUGACCUUAGUCUGUUCAAUGUCACGUUAUCUCAAAUCCCGAUCACCGGAAACUAAACACCUCAUCACACCUUUCAAAACCGUUUUGAAGAACCUCGUUCUCCGAUCACCUAAUCUUGAAUCUGUUUCUCUCGGCGUUGAUCGAUCUCUCGGUGGUAUUUCGUUUGAUGAUGUUGAAGAUGAAUCUGAUGAUCUUCACCUAACCGACUUCAAUUUCAUUCAAGAUUGGCUUCCUUCUCUUUCUAAAUCGAUUAAGUCGCUCUCUGUUUCUGAUUUCUGGGUUCAAUCUUGUUGGAGACAGUCACAAGCGUUAUCUCUCAUCUCUUCUACUUGCCAUGGUCUUGUGCAAUUGGUGGUUAGGAACGCUUGGUUAGUUGUGGAUGGUUUGUGUUUGAUGCCGACGCUGACCAAUUUGACUCUUGAGUUUGUGAGAUUGGAUGACGAGGAUUUGAAUAUGCUCAAUACUUGUUUCCCCAAUCUUACACAACUUAAUCUUAUUGGUGUUGGAGGACUUAAAGAGCCUAAGAUAAAUCUCCCACACCUUCGGACUUGUCAAUGGUCGGUUUCCAAUGCUCCUCUUUCUUUGAAUAUAUCGGCACCUAGUCUUGUUGAUUUUCAUCUCAAGUGUAUCAAGCCUAGGUUGCUUUUCCUUGAAGCACCUUCCUUGUCAAAUUUCAAUCUCUCUCUUGAGAACACUGAUGAGCUAGUGUUGAAAAACUGUGGUAACAUACAAUGCCUUCAACUUGAAGUGGAAUGCUUCUCUCUUGGUUACAUUUUAAGCAUGUUUCAGCGUUGUGUAGCAGUAGAGAGACUUAGCUUAGAUUUUGUACGAAAAACACCGAGAGUUGUAGAUGUUGGAGCUGAUCAAGUAAGAGAGUUUGGCCUUGAUAUGUUGCUGAAUUAUUUCCCCAAUAUAAGAUAUCUUAGUUUAGGUUCUGAGGCUUGGCGUGUGAUGGAGAGUUCUUUCUGCAGGGGAAGUUUGGAAAAUGGGAUUGAGACUAAGACAUUGAAAGAGCUUGUUGCGUAUAUCGUGGUACUUGAAAUUGAGUUUACUCUUGCAUUUAUUUUCUCUGUUUUAGAUAAAUGCACCCAAUUGGGAGGCGUUUCUCUGCUCAUCCACAGUGAUGUUGAUCCUUGUGUUGCUGGAAACCUCAUCUCCGCGUGCAGAACCAAAUUUCCUGGAGUUAGAUGGAGAUGGGGAAUAUGGAAAGAAGGAAUCAAAGAUACUUGGGUUUCUGAUGGCAUCUAGAUUGUGUUCCUUUUAGGAUUAGGACUUUGAAAUAUUUUGAAUAAAUUGUGUCAAAGCAGCUUCAUGGAGUAAGAGUAAGCCGCAGACAUUAAAACGACACAAAAUAUCAAUGCAAACAUUUUCUGAAGUGUAUUGCAAACUAGGAAAUCACGUAAACAAGAAGUCGCGUUGGUUCUGUUGUGUGGAUUAGUGUAAAAUAUCAUAGGUAAUAGUUAAUAUCUUGUGGAUAAGUUUUUUCUUCCACUUUCUGUAUAUAUUUGUAUGUAGAUCUUUGAACUGGUCAUGAUCAAUGCUCACUCGUUGCGAGAGUUAUGUACAUUAUUGGAUUAUUCAUCCUUGUUGUUCUUCCACAUGUAUAUUUGUACAUAUGUUUUAAUAAAAAUCUGUAUUUUUGAAGCA